AUUUUUAUAACUAGUGUGAAGUUGUCGCGAAUGGAAAUCGUAAUAAAACUUAAAACGUUGCACAAAUCAAAACAAACUACGAUGUGGUAUGAACACUGUUUUUCCUCAAUGAAACAAAACUGGUCUAUGGGAUUUCCAGACCCACCUUAUAGAUUUAAGAGAGGCAAGAGUUUGUCAUCAUAUUCCGACCCUAGAGGUAUAUUUAAACAUUCUUUCUUCAUUCAGAAAUUACAUUUGACCAGUUUCAAUACGAGUUACGACAUAAUUCCCAAAUAACUAAAUACCACAAAAUUAAAAACAAAAAGACCCAACAUUGUGAUGUCUGAUAAAAAGAAAGUUCUGUUUGUAUGUUUGGGGAAUAGUUGUAGGUCACCCAUAGCGGAGGGAGUGUUUCAGAAAACCGUAGAAAAGAUGGGUGCCAGGGAUGAAUGGGAGAUAGAUAGUGCCGGCAUAGCUGACUGGAAUGUUGGACGAACACCAACAACUAGAGCAACUAACACAAUGAAGAAACAUGAUAUAAAAUACCAUAAUGUUGGCAGACAGAUAGUCACUGAAGAUUUCAACCAUUAUGACUAUAUAUUUGGAAUGGAUGACAUGAAUAUAAAGGACCUUCAUGAGCUUGCUCCACCCGGGAGCAGGGCCAGGAUACUCCUGUUAGGGGAUUUUGAUCCGGAUGGUGAAAGGAUUAUUAGAGACCCUUAUUUUGAUGGCAAUGAUUUAGGUUUUGAAAAGUGUUACCAACAAGCUGUGAGAAGUAUAAAAGGAUUUUUGGAACAACUAGCAAAUGGUUCUGUUUAAUAUAUUAUUUGAUAUAUACACAUAUAUAUUGAAUAUAAAUUACCUAACUGUAAUAUUAAAACAGUUUUAUAGUGAGGUGCCUUGAAAAUUUUAAGUUAUUUUCUAUUCAAAGGAGUACUUAAUAUGUUAAAACACGAUUUUUAUAUUAUACAUAUUUAAAUAAAUAUUUAUUUGUAAUAGUAA